GUUGAAGGUAGUACAAGUACAACUCAUAAUAAAUUAUUCCUGAUCCCAUCGUCCUGAUACUUCUUCAGACUUUUUUCAUAUACCCAUUUCACAUCAGGGAUCUUUUAGCAACGAGACUAAAGGGAAAAAGUGCAAAGUCUGCACUUUUAUGCUCAGAUAUGAGACCGUUAAAUUUUAACAUCUUAAAAUCCCGUAUUCAUAAUAGUUGGUGUAAAAGCACCACACACUAAAUUUGACACAUGUCGAUGGGUCUUAGUCUGCAGAUUUCGCUUAAAAAUUGAGUGCAUCUGGUGGACAAGGAAAAUCAGUAAUGGGACCUGUAAAGGGAGUUUUAUUGGAUCAAUCCUUUCUAUUCUCAGGAAGUGAUGGCGAGGACGGGAGCUUACAUUUGCUUCCAGGUGCACAGGAUUUGCUUCUUAGGCUUCAGUACUCGGGGCUUCACGUUGGUAUCUCUUACAAGGCAGGCUUUUCUUCUCAAGAGGAGGCAUCAAUUCGAAGUGUGGCAGUACUAUAUACAUUACAAUUGAUUCUGUUUGAUGCUUCGUGUCCAGAACAAAGCUUUCAAGAAAUUUCAUCAGCUUGGGAAAUCUCUGCUGAUACUUGUGUUUUUGUGACCACUGAACUAGAUGAAGUUAUUUUUCAUACCUUUUGUAGUCAAAGCUGGGCCAUUGUUUUUCAAGGUUCCAGAAAUGCUGUUUCAGCUAUGCCUGGUGUAACCACAAUUGAGAAGUUGCAAGACCUACUUUUCACACUUUGUCACCUAAACAAAAUGGCUUUGGGAGAUUCCAUUGUUGCUGUUGGAUAUGUUAUGAAAUGGACACGAGAAAAGGAUUUUCUCAAGCGAGGUGCAUUUCCUAUACUCCCAACCAGCCAUGGAUUGACAUUCGUUUCUAUUAAUCUUGAUCUCCAACUAAUUCCUCAGUUACAAGUGGUUGACCUAAUUCUUCAUAAGGUCACAGAUGAAAUUCUCAGCAUUGAUAAUGAUCGAUCACAAAGCAUCUCUGAAGGAAUCAGGUUCUCCGAUGGGAUACAACAGUUGCAGAGGUAUAUGGGAGAUAUGCAUUACUGUAUAGUUGACCCAUUUGAAAAUAUAAUCCCAUUGUUGGAUCGUGUUGCCACACAAUUAAUACUGCAAGAUUUGGUUGAGAUCAAUGAUCCAAGUCACUGCAGGAUUAGGACUCCUCAUUAUCUAAAGAUCUCAAGCUUUGAUGAACCAAAUUUACUGGAAAGAAUUGAUCAGGCACAAUUAUUCCUUCCAGCAAUUGUAAAACCACAGAUUGCCUGUGGGGUAUCAGACGCUCAUACCAUGGCAGUGGUUUUUAAUAAGGACGAUUUUCUUGGCGUUCCAGUCCCUCUUCCUGCUGUUAUUCAGGAAUAUGUUGAUCAUGGGUCCAUUGUGUACAAGUUCUAUGUUCUUGGCAAAAAGGUUUUCUAUGCUAUUAGGGGGUCAACGCCAAAUGCUUCAUCAUUGUUACUUUCUUCAGGAAAUAAAGGUUCUUCAAUAGUUGUCUUUGACAGUCUAAAGUCACUUCCUGUUGAUUCCAUUGACAACCAAAAAUCAGAGGUUGGAAAAGAGAAACUUGAUCUUGAGAUUGUAGUUUCUGCAGCAAUGUGGUUGAGGGAGAAACUUCAUCUUACAAUUUUUGGAUUUGAUGUUGUUAUUCAAGCUGGCACUGGAGACCACGUUAUUGUUGAUGUUAAUUAUCUUCCUUCUUUCAAGGAAAUUCCAGAUGACAGUGCUAUUCCAGCAUUUUGGGAAGCUAUUAAGAGUUCAUAUGAAUCCUUCAAAUCAAAACACCGCUAAGGUUUCUCCUGACCUCUUUGCAGCGAAAAAUAAGCUCCCUUUGUCAAGACACAUCCCAAGGACAGUGACCCUUUGUAAGGAAUUGAAAAAUAUGGUGAUGAACAUUCCAUUACUUUGUGUUACAUCCACUUAUUAGUGUCUGGAAUCCCCUCAUAUUGGCUAUAUUUUUUGGUUGCAUAGAAGUGUCGCUAUCUAAUGCACACAGAAUCACUACUGGGUUGUGCUGAAUCCUGUACAGUUGUUGGAGACCAAACAAAAUUGUGUUGACUGUAUCUUAUACUCCACCUUCCUAUUGCCCAAUGAUUUUGAAUAUGGCUCUCGAAUAUAUUAUAUGUGAUAAUAAAUAUGUGGAGCAUAUAUUGCAUGAAUAUGGUAUUCUCUGAUAGCUAUUCACACACUAAAAUUAGAUUUCUAACAAAUAAGAUAUUGAUAAAAACAGAAAAAGCUUGGGAA